AUGCAGCCGGGCCUCGGGCUUCAAGUCAAUCUAGCUGUUCGGAUGCCAACUAUCCAAGCCGAAUCAAUUUCUACUAUACCUAUCGAGGUAUCUGUUCACAACGCCGCCAGUGUGCCUAUUUCUCUGUUGAAAUGGGGUAGCCCCCUGGAUAACCGGGCAGAAGUAUUGGGCAUUUUCGAGGUUUUUGAUCUUGACGAUGAGAAGAAUCUACCGAUGGAGACGGUAAAGAUAGCGCGCAAGCUCCCAGCAUCUGUAGAUGAUUUGCUGGAAAUUUGCGCCGGUCAGACUUUGCGCAAGCUAGUGAAUCUUCAAGGAUUGCAUCUCAAGGAAGGCCACCAGUACUCUAUCCAGGCAAAAGGAAUAUGGCAUGCGAUUUGGGAGGAGCACCUGGAAAAUGUUACUGUAUCCCAACUACAAAACCUUAUUGGGGCACAGCGCAGAGAGUUUCGAACGAAUGUUGUGAAUCAAGUUGGUAUGGAAUAUACUCAUUCACCAAAAGAGGACGCCCUGCGUGUAUUCCGGGUGCUACUUAACGGCGGCAUAGCAAUAAUCCCAGUCAGUGUUGGUUAUGGGAUAGUCGCGACUACCGGAGAAGCUCUUGAUCGAAUAUUUGUCGCCAAGCAGCGCGAACCGCGCAAGCGCCACGCCAUGAUUGGGAAUUUUACGCUGCACCAAGAGCUCCAUGAUCUUUCCGGAGAUGCAGCAGAUAUCGUCAGGUUUAUAGUGAAAGACAUGAACCUUCCAAUAGGAGUCGUUGCCCCUUAUCGCUCAGAGCAUGCUAUAAUUCGCAAGCUACACCCAAGUAUAUUGAAUCGGAGUUCUUUGAAUGGUACAAUGGCGAUGUUGCUGAAUGGAGGGCCAUUUCAGGAGGAGCUUUCUAGACUUGCAACAGAUGCAGAGCUUCCGCUGUUAGGCUCCUCGGCUAACUUGUCGGGAAAAGGAACAAAAGUCACCGUGGAAGACAUAGAACCCGAAGUCAAAGAUGUCGCAGAUAUCGUUGUUGAUUACGGAAGAUCGAGAUAUUGUGAUCCUCGCCCUUCAUCGACUAUGAUUGACUUUCAAAACAUGGAAGUAUUACGCUUUGGAGCUUGCUAUGACGAUAUAAGAGAUUCCUUGUUGCGAAAUUACGGAAUUGAUUUGCCAAACGAUCCUGGCCGAGAAAAUUGUUUUCCAGACAAGUAUCAAGACAGAACUAAUGAUCGGACAUGA